AUGGCUGAUCCUGAUGAUGGUGAAGCUGUGACUUCAGAUCCCUACAUGAUGGGGGAUUCGCUGGCCAAUGAUGGAGAGGAAGAAGUUCCCCAAGCAGUCAAGGAGUGGCGCGUGAAAGAGGAGGAGGAGGAGGAGGAAUGGGAGUGGGAUGCCAGCGAAAGCUGGUGGUGGUGGUCAUACGAUGCUUGGCAUGAGCAAGCCAAGGCAGAGCCCGAGGAAGAAGAGGAGGUUGAGGAAGAAGUUGAGGAAGGGGUCAAGCCUUUGCCUCCACCGCCGGUGCCACCACCGAGAUUGCCUCCACCACCCCCACCUCCAAUGGAGGUGGCUUCAUCGGCGUCAUCAUCGAGAUGGUCAUCCGGCUGGGAGAACCGUGGCACCAAGGGGAAAGGAAAAGGCUGGAAAGGCCGUGGGCAACGGAAGGGUCACGGCUAUUACAGCUACAACCACAGAGGUGAGCAAAUCUACAUCGACAGCUGGGGACACGAGAAGCCGAUGCUUGCAGUGAUUUUGGAACAGUUUACUCUGAGAGGGGGGCAGCAAGUCCAGAGGGAGAAGGGCUACCUUGAGCUGGCGUCGCAGGCGAUCGAUGCCAACCUGCGCAUGGCCAAGGCCGUUGAGAAGAUGGCGGAGCGCCGGUAG